UGUUGGGUUUAAGGAUCCAGGCAGCUUCAUUCAAUACAUUGAUGAGCGUUUGUAGUUUGUAGUGAUGUUAAGCACAGAUUUUUUACUUAUGACAAUGCUGCAAAUUGCCAUAGCAAUGUGUCUUGCUACAAUAAUAAAAGGAACAAAAGGGGAGGAGCUAUCAAAAGACCUUAGAAACUCUUCACCAGAACUGACCUACCAGAUCACCAAUGCAGAUCAUUUCUUUCUGAAAGAUACUAGUCAGGCCUUGAUGGGGAACUCCACAAAACAGUUACAGACACAAUCCUUCAUCAUCACCAAGCUCAUGGGGAAGCCUGCUAUCAACAUCAGCUUUGGGCCCAUAUCUGUAGAACAGCCUAUCCCUCUAGAUUUGAUUAACACUGGUACCAGGGUCAGAGUUUUCACACUGACUCGUCAGGUGCGUUCCGCAUCUCCCAUUAUACAUCUGUUGUUUUAUGCAACAACCAAGAUAGAAGACAUAAUGGAUUUUUCAGGUCAUGUCAGUUCAAAGCAGACUGACAAAGGAUACAUAUGUGUCACAGCAUAUGCCUUCUGGAAAUUGCAAGAGAUUAGAGGUACUUGCUCCAUUUCUGAAAAUGGGGGUUUCUGUUUGGCCCAGUUAAGGCCUGAGCAAGCAUGGUUUACUCCAAGGAGUGGCAGAUCCAGCAGGGAGCACAGAGCUUCUUCACGAGGGACCGUUGUGGAGCUUUACUAUCAGACCAGACGCAAUCCUACCAACCAGUGUAUCCCUCAAGACAGCAAAAAAUGGCAUAAUCCAAUUAAUGAAGAAAUCAGUAAACAGCAAUCUGGAUCUAUCCUGAUGAAAAUUGGCUAUGUAAAUCUCUUACGGUCUCCUCCAGGAAACCCUAUGUUCAUGCGCCUGCGUCUGGGUGGUGCUGUGAUAAUCCAGACUUCUUCUAAACCUCUGAAGACCACUGACACAGCCACCUUCUAUGUUUUUUUGUCCAGCAUCUCUCUGCUAGAGCAUUUUAUUCUCAGAGCCACAGUACACAAAGGUUUGUCAUUCAGCACAGCUAGACCAAGUGAUACUGAGCUAUGGGAUAUUUUCUUGGAACCCGGAAAACCAGGCAUAACCCAAACUGUGUUUGUGACCUGCCAAAGGAAAAAUACUAUCACUGCAAAGAGGGGCCUGCUGGAGGUCCUGCAGCUGGACUUUGAUGCACAUGAACAGAGUGACCCAGCACAGAUCCAGACAAUCACGUGGCAUCUGGAACGGCCUGGAAAUCCGAUCCGCGAUGAGGGAACAAUGAGGAUUUACAUGCUGCAGAGAGACUAUGUGGGCAUUGCACCCUUCAUUAUGAACUUGGACCUCCUUAACACGGCAGUGCUGGAUGGUAAGAUGGUGUCCGUGCCGGUGAAGGUGUUGGGAGUGGAGACAGAUGGCUCUCUUAGCGACAUUACCAACUCAACUCGCUGCUCAUCCCCAGAUGAAGGCACUCUUAAGGUGUCUGAAAGUUGUGACUAUGUGUAUGUGAAUGGAAAGGAGGCAAGAGGGAGGGUGAGGAUGGUGCUUAACUUCACUUACAGCUAUCUGACAACCGAGCUGGAGGUGAAUGUGUGGAUGCCGCGCCUUCCAUUGCAUAUCAACAUGGUGGACUCAGAGCUCAGCCAGAUCAAGGGAUGGAGGGUUCCCAUCUCUGGUGGCAACACCAGGCCGAGUUGGGAUAGUGAGGAGGAAAAUGAGAAGGGCACAGGCUGUUUGAUGCAGUAUCAGCAUAGCCAGAUCCAAGUACUCACAGCUUUCACUGCAGAGGUGUUGGACUCAAGCACUUCCUCUCCUGAGCACUUCCUGGGUCCUGAGUGGCUGGUGGAUGUGACUCAGCUUGUCCGAUACUCUCUGAAAGUUGUGGACACAACAAUUGCUCAGCUAAACAGAGAAACCGUGCUUAGCGGUAGAGCUCCUGGAAUCACCACUGUCCAGGUGAUGUCCCCCAUGUCUGACCUGGUCUUGGGGGAAAGGAUGGUGCAAGUGCUGAACGAUAGAGUGAGCAUCACAGAUCUUAGUGUGCAGCUCGUGUCAGGCCUUUCACUGUCACUGCAUUCCAAUCCAAGCAGCAACAAGACCAUCAUGGCCAUAGCCACCACUGAGGAGACCAUGCAAAACCCCAAACAGGAGGCCGUGGUUGCAUGUAAGCUGCACUUCAGUGAUGGCUCUCAGGCUCAUCUUGACCUGUUCGAUCCUACCAGCUACAAGCUCACAGUGUCUUCGCUGGAUAACAAGGUGGUGUCCGUUAAAAAAGUCCCAGGCUCUGUCAUGGUGGCCAAGUCAGAGGGAUGGGGCCUGCUGUUUAGAGCUGAGCUUACCAUCUGUGAAGCUUGUCAGAAAUCCAAACGCAAGAGCAAGCUCGCUGUUGGUGCCGGCAAUGUGAGAGUCAAAUUUCUUCCGUCAGAGCAUAGAAUAGUUGAAACUGAAGCCAAAUGGAGCCUGACCCCCUUUCAAGGUCUACACAGUAGGAACACUACUACUGGCAUUGCAGAGAGAACCACAAGCGAUUUCUUGGCAACAUCAGCCAAAACCAAGCUACAAGAGGCAAUAGGAGGGGCUCUGUCUACCAUCAGGAUCAAGAGUAUGACUGUUACAAAGCCUGACACUGAAAAACAUCUUUUAACAAUCAGUCCAGCUAACGAUAUGCUUACCAUCUCAGAGUUCCCAUCUCAACCCAAACAGGUAGUACCUAUACAUGAGCAAGAUUUGGUGUGGACUGUUGGUAUCUUUACACAUGUUGAGAUCUGCAUCUACUUGUUACUAGCACUCUCCUGCUUGACAAUUAUCAUCUUCCUGAUUAACUGUGGUGCUCAGAAUGCAAGGUUGCAUGGUAGCAAGUCACCUAUGCAGUGCCAUGGCCCUGAUGACCACACACAUCACUGGGUGAACCUAGGCAUGACUGCAGAACAAUCCAGUGCUACCACAAGCAACCAGGAACAAAAGGUGCCAAUUACAGCUUUGAAAAUGCCAAACUCUGUUUUAAAGAACCAAACAGAAAAGACUGCAACCCUAGGGAGAAGGUGCAGCACUCUGCCUUUGAGAACAAACUCUGUGACACACAAGUCAGCUGGUCCACUGGCAAAGCCAACACGGAAUGAGCCACUACACUCUCCAACCAGCAAGAGGAACCAGGUCCAGUUCACCACCUUUACCACACUUGACAUCAAGCACUUGGCAGCACUCAAGAGGAACUGGUUGGACUUUAGCUGGACCAACCAAGAAGCAAAUCAAGCAGCCAAUCAAGGAGAUCUGUCAAGUUUAAAUGGGACAUCUUAUCAAAGUUUUAAGCAUCCUGAGCCUGAAGGUCUUUCUGAAAUCCCAUGGCCAGUGGUAAAACCAGUGGUACAGGGGAAAUAA